AUGGCUGACGAUGACAACGCCGAGGAGAUCGAGAUGUGGAAGGUCCGCAGGCUCGUCAAAGGUCUCCAGGAGGCUCGCGGGAACGGCACCUCCAUGAUUUCGCUCGUCAUCCCUCCCAAGGGCCAGAUCAACCUGACCGCUAAGAUGCUCGCCGACGAGCUCGGCACCGCGUCAAACAUCAAGUCGCGCGUCAACAGGCAGUCCGUGCUCGCCGCCAUCGGGAGCGCGCAGCAGCGCCUGAAGCUGUACAACCACGUCCCCCCUAACGGUCUCGUCAUCUACUGCGGGACCGUGCUGACGGACGAGGGCAAGGAGAAGAAGGUGAACAUGGACUUUGAGCCAUUCAAGCCCAUCAACACCUCGCUGUACAUGUGCGACAACAAGUUCCACGUCGAGGCGCUGUCCGACCUGUUGCAGUGCGACAGCAAGUACGGAUUCGUGGUGAUGGACGGUCACGGCACGUUGUUCGGGACCCUCGCGGGCAACCACAGGGAGGUGCUGCACAAGGUGAGCGUCGACCUUCCCAAGAAGCACGGCCGCGGCGGUCAAUCCGCGUUGCGUUUCGCGCGCCUCCGUCUCGAGAAGCGCCAGAACUACGUGAGGAAGAUCGCCGAGCUCACCACCCAGCUGUUCAUCACCGACGACCGCCCCAACGUCAACGGUAUCGUCAUGGCCGGUUCCGCGGAUUUCAAGAACCAGCUCUUGCAGUCCGACCUCUUCGACCAGCGCCUGCAGCCGCACAUCAUCAUGAUUGUCGACGUCUCCUACGGCGGCGAGAACGGUUUCAACCAGGCCAUCGAGCUCUCCGCCGAGGCGCUGGGCAAUAUCAAGUUCAUCAAGGAGAAGAAGCUCAUCGGCAAGUACUUCGACGAGAUCAGUCAGGACAGCGGCAAGUACUGCUUCGGGGUGAAGGAUACCCUGGCAUGUCUGGAGAUGGGGGCUAUCGAGACGCUCAUCGUGUGGGAGGAUCUAGCGGUUGAUAGGUGCAUCUUGCUCAACAGCCAGACGCAAGAGGAGACCAUCCACUUCUUCACCCCGGAGCAGCAGGCGAACAACGACAACAUGAAGGACCCUGAGACCGGCGUGGACCUGGAGCUGACGGAGAAGAUCCCCAUGAUGGAGUGGUUGGCGAACGAGUACAAGAACUUUGGCUGCACCCUUGAGUUCAUCACCGACCGCUCGGAGGAGGGCUCACAGUUUGUCCGGGGCUUCGGAGGCGUCGGCGGUAUCCUCCGCUAUCAGGUGAAUCUUGCGGACUUUGAGGUGGCUAGCGACCACGGCGACUCCUCCGAUGAGUACUCCUCCGACGAUGAGGGCUACAUCUAA